GAUUGUAUGGAAACGCAAAAUUAAAAAAGCAGUUAGUUAAAGGCUAACUAGCAAAGAAGCGAACAUAUCUAAUAGAAUUGUAUGUUGUUAAAAAAUAUAAUUAAAAAAGAUAUGUUUAAACGAAAAUAAAAUUGAAUCGGAAUGGCAUCAUUGUGGGAAAAAAUAGUAUAUACGAUUUUUCAAUAUGCUCCCAGCAUAGUCGUGUGUCUGAGUUUUUUACCGUCUGGUCUGGUGUUUGGUUACACCAUUUCGUCAUUUGUAGCUGAACGAAAUAUAAAUACCGGUUUAAUUGUUUAUGGACCAAUGAUUUUGGGGGCGUGUGUAGGAUUUGUUGCAGCAUUAACAAUGUUCAUGGUAAAAUUUUUCCGUUCUCGGAUAAUUUUUUGGCAUACUGACAUUCUACUGGUAGCAGCAUCAUUUCAUUUAAUAUCGAGUUGUUUCUAUUUUGCUGAUGAUUUCGAUAAUGUUGGUGCAUUUAUUUCUUAUUUGGCACAUAGUUUAACAUUUCUGGCUGGACUUAGUUUCCUGCACUCGAUAUGCGGAAAAGGUAGCCGUGCUAUACUUCUGUCAUUAUGCUUUAGUUUUUAUAUUUUGGGUAUGGCAUCGGCAGUGAGUUUAAUUGGAACUUCGUACAACAAAAAUGUAAUGGAAAAUCGUACCAGGACCAAUAAUGAUGAACUUACCCAUGGUAUAUAUGUGGAUUUUGCAGCAGUAUAUCUUUCUAUAUCAGUUGUUGUACUGGCUCUUUUAAUUGGUUUGAAGGUUCUGAGCUAUUUGGGAACAGUGGAUUGCGAGAAUAGCAUGGACAAUGAAUUUCGUAUUGCAAAUUCUAAUGGGAGCGUGUUCGACAAGAGAGAUGAUGUCAUCAAGAGAAUAGAAUUCUUUUACGUUACCAAAAACCAGCAGUGGAAUGUAACGUUGCUUCUAAUCUUCACAGAGGCAAUACAGUAUUCAUUAUUUAUUUACUUCGCAUUUUGGUUUUGCUUAAAUUCAGCUGUAAGAUUAACUUCUGUGGAUAAUGUUGAUUCCAUGUUUUGGAUUGUAUAUGUGGGAACCAUUGCCAGUACCAUAUGCUUAAUAUUCUGCUCAGUUAAAGUUACAUUUGUUGCAAACCAACUCUGCUUGAUUUUACUUUCCAUUCUUAGCAUGAUCAUUGGCAGUUCGGCGAAGACGACAGUGCCAUUUUGGAUAAUACUGUUCUUUUUCGGUAUGACAUUUUCGAAUUUGCAAAUUCUUCUGGUUGAAGUUUCCCAUUUUCUUUAUAUGGAGUUGUUAAUAUAUGUAUCGUAUGCCUGCAAACUACUAUCGACCUCAAUUAUCUACUAUUACUUCGUGGCAAACGCCAAGAAUUCCUAUUUUUAUUCUACGGAUAUUAGCACUUUAAUGUCACAAGGUUUCGUUUAUAUAAUCAUCGGUUCACUUUUGGCCUUGGUGGUGGGUAUGAAAGUUCCUCGCACACACAAAAGAUCCCUAUUUGAAAUACAAUAUGGGUUGCUAGGUAUCAUAUUCCAAAAACAUCAGAUAGAACAACUAAAUGUCAGAUGUUUAAAUGAUGGUACAAUUCCAACCAUUAGCAAACCUCCUCAAUUUUAGAAUUAGUUCCUGGUGUCUGAAUUUUCUCGAACGGAGAAAAAAAUACAAAUUUAAUAAAUUGUAAACAUUAAAAUUUAACAAGAAA